AUGGACACAGCUUACAAGCUUGAGAUCUUCUUUAGCAAGCACUGUCCUAUUUUUGGCACCAUUUUCCAUAAACUUACUUUGAGGCAAUGCUUAGCAUAUAGGUGGAUUAUCAACUACUGGGGCCUAAAGCCACUGUUUGAACUGUGCUAUGCAUGUCUUCUUUCAUAUUGCAUCAUCACCAAUUCCAAUUUCUUACCCAUGGACCAAGGAAUAUGUAUUUCCAUUGCAUUUUUUGUAAUUUACAAGAUAUAUACUAUAUCAGAAUAUUUAUCAGCAGGACUGUCAUACAGAGCAUGGUGGAACAAUGAGAGGAUGUCGAGAAUAACACGCAUGAAUGCUGGUUUUUGUGCAUUUGUCUGCAUCCUACUGAAGCUGUUAAGAAUAUCUGACACAGUAUUUGACAUAACAAAGAAAGAUGUACCUCUUUCAGAUGAUGUUAGAGAUGAUAAGGAUGUUGGUAGGUUCACCUUUGAUGAGUCCCUAAUUUUCUUGCCAGGCACUACCAUGUUGUUGCUGCAAUUGACGAUAAUGUUUAUCAAGGUAUUGAGAUUGCAACCACUAAUGCCAACACAUAAUGGAAAUGGAGUGGGUGAGAUUUUUUGUAGUAUUUAUUUGAUAAUUUGCCUUUGGCCAUUUUUUAGAGGAUUAUUUGAGAAAGGGAAGUAUAGAAUUCCCUUGUCCUUGAUAUGCAAAUCAAUUAUUUUAACACGGUGUUUUAUACACUUAUGUAAAAGAACCAUGGAUGAUUAA